CAAGCCCUUCUGCCAUUGAAAAGUGCUAGUAACGCUACUGCCAUUUGGCGCAGUUAAAUAUAGCUAGCAGCUACAUCGAUUUGCAUAGCGUGGCGUCCUUACAGAAUUUCCCAUAUUUGUCAUUUUAAAUCGUGUUUCAGUUUAGUAUUUUUAUACAGAUAUAAAAAUGAGUUCAAUUAACGUAAAAAAACUGAAAGUUAACGAGUUGAAGGACGAGCUGAAAAAGCGUCAGCUGUCGGACAAGGGGCUGAAGGCCGAGUUGAUGGACCGGCUGCAGGCCGCGCUUGACGAAGAGGCCCUGGCUGGAGAUGAUCCCAUUGGGCUGGAGGCCGCGGAGGGAGGUAGCUCUGAGGCCGCUGAUGAUCAAGAGGACAUGGGGGAAGACGAAGAAGACGACGAGGAUCCGGUCGAAGAAAGCAUGGAGGCCAACGAGGAGGAGGAGAAUGGAAACGGAGAGGGAGACCCCGCCGUAGAAUGCGAGGAGAACGCGGCUCAGGAGGACGACGAAAUGGGCGAGGUGGAAGAUGAAGAAAUGGAUCCAAUGUUGAAGGAAGGUGUGGACGACAUGGAGAAAAUAACGUUAGACGCAGAGGAUGGUGAGCCUGGAGACCAGCCAGCAGAGGGGGAUGCGGACAAAGACACGAAUGCUGAUCAGAAGAAUAAGAAGGGUGUUAAGAGACGCCGGGAGGAACAUGGAAGGGGCUACUUUGAAUUUAUUGAAGAGAACAAAUACAGCUGGUCUAGUCUCAAGUCUCCACUGCCACCCCUGGAAGAGGAAGAUGAAGAGUUUGACGAUACAACAGUCUGUCUGGACAACUAUAACUGCGACCUGCACUUCAAGGUGUCCCGGGACCGGUACAGCGCGUCCUCUCUCACCAUGGAGAGCUUUGCCUACCUUUGGUCUGGGGGCAGGGCCUCGUACGGCCUGACCCAGGGCAAGGCCUGUUACGAGAUGAAGUUAACUGAGAAGAUUCCAGUGAAGCACAUCUUCAGUAAGAACAUGGAGGUCCAUGAGGUCCAGGUUGGAUGGUCCCUGGCUACUGGCAGUCUGCUCCUAGGUGAGGAGGAGCAUUCUUAUGCCUACUCUGGCAAAGGCAAGAAGACUACCAACUGCGUGACUGAAGAUUUUGGAGAGACUUACGAUGAGAACGACGUCAUCUGCUGCCUCAUCAACUUUGAGGGCGAGGAGGUGGAGAUUUCCUUUUCUAAGAAUGGUAAGGAGCCAGUUGUGGCCUUCCAGGUCAGUAAGGAGUCCCUGGCAGGGAGAGCUCUCUUCCCCCACGUCAUCUGCCACAACUGUUCUGUGGAGUUCAACUUUGGCCAGAUGGAAACACCCUACUUCCCCCAGCCAGAGGGCUACACCUUCCUGCAGCAGGUCGCCAUGGACGACCGUGUCCGCGGACCCAAGGGACCCAACACCAAGAAGGAGUGUGAGGUGAUUGCUAUGGUAGGCCUGCCCGGCUCAGGAAAGACCACCUGGGUGAACAAGCACAUCCAGGAGAACCCUGGGAAAUAUUACAUCCUGGGCAGCGACACCAUCGUGGAGAAGAUGAUGAUUGGCAGCUUGAAGCGUCAGGCGAAGGACACAACUAAGCUCACGGCCAUUUCCCAGCGUGCUCCUCUCUUCCUGGGCAAGUUCAUUGAGAUUGCUGCUCGCAAGAAGAGGAACUAUAUCCUGGACCAUACCAACCUGUCUGCCCCGGGCCAGAAGAGGAAGAUGUGUCUGUUUGCUGGGUACCAGCGGAAGGCUGUGGUGGUCUGUCCCUCAGACGACGACUACAAGGAGAGGGCCCAGAAGAAGGCCGAGAGCGACGGCAAAGACGUGCCCGAGCACGCUCUCCUCAAAAUGAAAGGAUUCUUCACCCUGCCAGACGAGGGCGACAGCUUCGCUGAGGUGAGCUACGCUGAGCUGCAGAAGGAGGAGUCCUCCAAGCUAGUGGAGCAAUACAAGGAGGAGAGCAAGGCGGCCCUGCCGGCUGAGAAGAAGCCCAACCAGGGGGCCUUGACCCCCAAUAGAGGAGGUGUUGUCCGGGGUGGAGGCAGAGGCAAGAACCAGUUCAACCGUGGAGGAGGACCCGGCCAGAGAGGAGUUGUACGAGGAGGCUUCCAGCAGAGGGGCAACUUCAGAGGAGCUCCAGGCCCACGUGGUGGGUUCACUCGCCCCCCUCGAGGCUUCAUGCCCCCUCCAGCUUUCAGAGGUGGAUUCGCCAACCGGGGCAACUUCAACAGGGGUGGCGGCCUCAUGGCCCCCCAGCGAGGGGCCCCAAGAGGAGGACUAAUUAGGGGCAACAUGGGCUACAGGGGUGGAGCCAUGAACAGAGGCGGUCCACCAAUGAACAGAGGUGGAGCCAACAUGAGCCGGGGAGGUGGAGCCAACAUGAGCCGGGGAGGUGGAGCCAACAUGAGCCGGGGAGGUGGAGCCAACAUGAGCCGGGGAGGUGGAGCCAACAUGAGCCGGGGAGGUGGAGCCAACAUGAGCCGGGGAGGUGGAGGAAACAGGGUCAACUUUAACCAGGGGUUCCAGCCCAGAGGAGGCAGCAGCCGUGGAAACUUCGGCAACAAGAGCAGCGGAUUUGGUGAUGGCAGGAAUGCUGGAGGUCGUGGUGGCGGAUUUGUGGACAGUAGAAACUCUGGAGGACGUGGCGGGGGAUUUGGGGACAACAGGAACGCUGGAGGACGUGGCAGGGGAUUUGGGGACAGCAGGAAUGCUGGAGGACGUGGAGGCUUUGGAUUCGGCAUGGACAAGGCUCAGGCCUUCAACCAGAGCUGGCAGCAAGGGUUAUGGAACCAGAAGCCAUGGAGACAGCAGUAUCAGCCAGGAUACUAUUAAAGACUUUCUGAUCAAAAGGACUGGUGGAAAAUAAUGGAAACCCACCACUAGCCACAGACGUCCGUCUCUCCCACCACCUGUUUUUUUUCUAGAACCAACUUUUAAAUUAAAAACAAGAAAUACGACAAGACUAUGGAGCAACAUUCCACAUGAGGAAAGRAGUCUCUUUGAAGCUUUAUGGGUUUUUUCAUUUGAUUUUGUACAUUUUAUGAUAUUUUUCCAAAUUUUAAAGAAAUCCCAUGCUUUUAAAAAUCCCAUGUUUGAGAAAUAUACCACAACAUUUUUGCUCUGCUUCAGUGACAUGUUUGAAAGAUUUUCAUGGUUGUGCUUUUUUUUCUUUUUUUCUUUUUACUAAAUGUAAAUAUUGUUUGUUGUAUAAGGAGUGAGAACACUUACUAACUGAAAGGAACCAUCUUUUGAGGCAUGGUAGCAAUAUUAUUGUUAGUGAUUGUAUAUGUAGUCCGUAAGCAACAAACAGUUAUUUUGCGUCAAACGCCAUUAUUAGAUUUGUCUAUUGUUAUUUUUCAUUAUAACGUCAAGCAUGUAAUCUAAACUCCAUAGAUCUACAAUAAACAACAUAUUUGCUUUUUUACAAACUUC